CGGAGGUAGCCAUUCAUUGUACAGAUGCAUCGCUUCUUCUCAGUCUCCGUCUUCGUCGUCUUCAAAUUUCUGCAGAUUGUUGUAGUUUCUCCUCUCCCCGACGCUGAUUUUAAGCUGCCUUUGCUUUUUCAGUUUUUUUCUCUAGUUUUCUUUCCAAGAAGAAUCUAUUUGUCCAGUUAAUGCCAUCUUCUAAGCCAAUUUUGAAGAAGAGUAAGAAGACAAUCGUUAAAGAAGAGAAAGCACCGUGUACAAGUUUAGAAAGUGAGUUUGUAUUCCAUAUUUAUGCAUUGGACUUUGCAGGAUUUGAUAUUCCAGGAGCCUUGCUCUUUAGAACUCUCAUCGGAAAGAUAUUUGGAAGCAUAGGUUCUGUUGGGGGUGGCUUAGCCUUGGGGAAAGAAGGUCCCCUUGUACAUACAGGUGCCUACAUUGCAUCGUUGCUUGGUCAGGGUGGAUCUACAAAAUAUCAUUUGAAUUCUAGAUGGCAGCAAUUUUUUAAGAGUGAUAGAGAUCGUCGUGAUCUUCUGGAGUUGCUGCCGCUUUUAGAGGAGGUCAAAUCAUGGUGGGUUCCUUCUCUCACAUCCUAUGUCCAAAGUGGCUGAAUUUACUCUGUUCUUAGAAACAACAAUGGAGGAACCUUUGUUGUCUAUGCUGUAACAUCCUUAGCAACUGGUGUCACUUGACAGCUUUGCACUGGUUUUUUACACUGUUCCGGAUUUUAACAGUGUUUAAAGGGUGGGUGUCUGGUUUUGUCCUAUUUUUCAGCACGAAACAAGUUUUGAGAUUUGAGUUGUCAAAAUUAUCUUUGUUUUUCAGGUUUUUUUGGAGGCAGAUGGUUAUCAACCUUAUCUUAUAUCUACAGAGAAAGGGUACAGAUCGUUGAUAAAGAUUGUUCAUUGCG